UUUCUCUUUGAAAUAGAAGCGUUUCUAGAAUCUCGCUUCAUAAGGGACUAGAGCGUCCAGCGUGCCGUAACGGUGUUCAAAGACCCUCCAGCACUGAAUAUCUUUUUGUCCCCUUUCAGUCUUCUGUAGUCGUCUGCUAGACGCUGUCAUUUUCUUCCUUCUUCUUCAACAGUUCGUCACGUUGAAUUGAAAACUAUUUAGCAGUGCAAAAAUUAGAUUUAAACCUAAUCUAGUGGUUAAAAUGGAUAUCAUUUUUAACCUUCAAAGACGGAAGUUGCUGGGGGAAAUUGCUGUUGAAAUUCUGCAAUAUUUAGAUGUUAAUGAUUUGAAUGCAGCGGAAAGAGUGUCUACAAUUUGGAGAGAAGCAGUAAUUAGUGGAAAGUUAUGGGAAAAGCUUUUUAAGAAAAAUAUUGUGUUGCAUCCACCAUGGAAGAAAAUGAACAGUAUUAUAGGAAAGCAGAAGAUUAAUUCAAACUCCCCGUUUAUCUCAGAAGAAGAUGAUGCUGAUGAGCAGUACUUUUGCAAUGAACAAAUGUUUUACAAGAAAAUGUGUCUUACAAUUGCUGACUCACUAGAUAUUCUUGAGAAAAACUGGGUAACAGGAAACUAUCAAGAAGAAAUAGUCCUCCGAGGACCUGUUAUUGGCCCUGUCAAUUCAAUCACAUUCCUCAUGGAUGAGAAACAUAUUGUUCGUCAUGUGGAUUCUGAGAAAACAUUUCAGUUCUUCAACAGGUGGUCUCUUGAAUUGGAAGAGACCAUUCCGUCUCGUACCGAUGUACUCGGAAAUAACCAUCUGCAUUGUUUUGUAACGUGUUUUGACUUCAGCGAUGAGCUUCUUGCAGUUGGAUAUGGAAAUGGAUUGGUGGACGUAAUAGGAAGGAAAUCGAUUGAAACGCUCCACACGUUUCGGGAUUUCGAUUGGCCUUACGAUCACAGCUUUGAUGAAGACGAUGCAUAUAAUUUUGCCACAGAGAAAGUAAUUCUUAGUCCCAAGCAACAGUUUCUUCUUUCCUAUUUGUAUACAGCAACAUCAUAUUUUCUCACAUUGAGGAAAAUUAAAAGUGUCAAAGAAAUGACUAUUGCUCAUCAACUGCAACUAGACGAAAAUGUGGAAGAAUUAGUCAAUUUGUACAUGGACGACUUUUACACCGUCCUUUUUAUUCGCUCAAGAACUAACCGAGGUCCGUCCGAAGAAAUGUUUGAAAUUCGCUCAACCGAGUCCUUCACUCCGCUCCACUCCUUUCCAGUUCAAGGUAUUGUAUCUGCUUACCAUUAUCUUAAUGGAUUACUCGUCAUAGGAAAGCGCAUAGGAAACAGUCAAUUCUUAAGGGUUUGGGAUGCCAAAACUGGUGUGUCAAUUUGGAAUGUCAACCUUGACAAAGAGAAAAUAGUCGACCUUCGGAUUAUUUCUGACAAGUAUAUUGUUAGCGUUAACGAUCAUGGUGAGUUGAAGCAAUGGGAUCUACACACAGUGCUCGACCACGCUGUGCCAGCCGACCAAGCCUUUCUACACAGGAUAGGUAGCUCCAAGAACCUGAGCUCUUGUGUCGGUGGAGGUAUGGUGGCAGACGAAUAUCAAGUCGUGUUGUUUGGUUUUUUCCGCACGGCACCCAUCAAAGGCCAAAAGGAGAGUCCAAUCAUUGUGUCGUUGGAUUUCAUGAAGGGUCAGAAUCGUGUUAAAAAACCUUUGCCACAGCUUUAUUGAGCUUUACCACCUAACUGAAUUUUUUAUAACCACUCUCAAUUAUCGACCAUUUUCGACUUCCGUCUUUCAAUAUUCACAUUGUUUUUAUUCGACUUUCAUUUUUCCGAUAUCAAGUAGCCACUACCUCCCAAAUGAUGGUUCGUAAAUAACUACAUGUAAGCGGUGAAGUUUAAAUAAACAGCUUUCAUUGGA